UCUUCUCUCCGGUUGGCCGGCCCCGCCCUCGGCAAGAUGGCCGCGCCCUGGCUAGGUGCGCCUGGUCUCCAGAUCCUAAGUAUGAGUUCGUGUCCCGGGAGGUUGUUUCCUCUCGGCUCCAGGUCGUUUUGUUCCAGCGCUACUUCCUCUAAGCCCCUGAAUGCUCAGAGAUUGGCAGAGAAGCUCCGAGCCCAGAAACAAGAGCAAAAGGCGAAAGGAGUGCGGGUGCCUACAAACCCCGUUCAGCGGAGGGUGCAGGAACUAGUGCGAUUCACACAGCAGCUCCAGCGAGUGCACCCCAAUGUGCUUGCUAAGGAACUGAGCCGAAGGAUUCUCCACCAGGACAACGACCUUGUGGUCAUUAAUAAACCCUAUGGUCUCCCUGUCCAUGGUGGCCCUGGAGUCCAGCUCUGCAUCAGCGAUGUACUGCCCAUCUUGGCAAAGAUGCUUCGUGGCCACAAGGCAGAACCUUUGCAUCUGUGCCACCGUCUGGACAAAGAAACCACGGGUGUGAUGGUUUUGGCUUGGGAGAAGGACAUGGCACAUGGAGUCCAGGAGCUGUUUAGAACCCGCCAGGUGGAAAAGAAGUACUGGGCCAUCACAGUACGUGUUCCCCUGCCCUCGGCAGGAGUCGUGGAUAUCCCCAUCGUGGAGAAGGAAGUUUCUGGGCCUCAACAACACCACAAGAUGACACUGUCCCCGAGUUACCGACUGGACGAUGGGAAAAUGGUAAAGGUUCGGGCCAGCCGGGAUGCGCAAGUCGCUGUAACUCAGUACCAGGUGCUUAGCAGCACUCCCUCCUCUGCCCUUGUGGAGCUGCAGCCUGUUACUGGAAUAAAACAUCAGCUCCGAGUUCACCUGUCCUUCGGGUUGGAUUGCCCAAUCCUUGGGGAUCACAAGUACUCAGACUGGAAUAGGUUGGCCCCUCAGAAACUUUCUGCUGGCACACUGAAGAAGCUGGGACUACAGCAGUCAAAGGCCCGCUACAUCCCGCUCCACCUGCAUGCCAGGCAGCUCACCCUGCCCGCUCUGGGCUCCAGGACAGAGGACCUCCUCCUGGCCUGCAAGCCUCCUCACUUCUUCGCAUGUUCUCUGCGCCGUCUGGGCUUAGAUAUGCCAAAUCCGGAUCAAAGCCGAGGCAGUGAGGCCAGGCAUGGAGAGGCACGGUGAAGACUCUCGGGCCCCGGAUCUCUGCUGGAUUUAUUUCAUGGAUUCUGCUAACUUCUCACUUGGAGCAGACGACAAGAGCCAGGUGGGAUAAGUUAAAACACUUGGCCGCUCCAGGACUUUUAAUGGAGACUGAAGUCUUAUUUGUGGCAGCCAGGCUGUAAUGUGGGAAAGCCUGCUGGAAGUCUCUGUAGGCCACCAAGAUGGAGGAGCACCGAGGAGGCAGCAGAUUGAGCCGUAAAGGAGAGGCAAAGGAUGGAAUCUGUGUUCAGGAGCCAUCCUCAUCCAACAGGACGGAAAGCUGAGCUCUCAGGAGUGCUCCCUUGGAAAAAUGUCAAGGACCCAGGGAUUUUGUCACCUAGCAGUGAAGCUGUGGAAGGCUUGUUUGGGUGCGGCAAACGACAGGCCUAAGUGAGUGAAGCCGGCAGGGCGGAAGGCAGUGGAUGGGACAACAGACCAUACACACAAACUGUCUAAGGGUUACGAGCUCCAGUUGAUUGUUGCCCUGUGGGCAAAUUUACUAUUUUCUUUUAGAGAACCAGGAAAUCCAGAUAUUUCUGUGAAAUCUCCCAAUCUAUUGCUAUCUAAAUAAAAACAUUUUAAAAUA